AUUUUAUUUGGCAAGCGCAUAAUCAUUUUCAUGGCGAGUAGUACUGCCAUUAAAUGAUGAAUCAUCUUUGUGCAUUCACUGUAAUCUUUAUUGCAGUACAAACAUCUGUAAGCAAUGCAAAGAUACCGUCAAAUUCUUGUGUUUGCACACUAGACUAUCGACCAGUAUGCGGAUCAAAUAACGUAACCUACGGCAACAAGUGUGAACUUGAUUGUGAAAAUAGAAAACAUGCAAGCAAUCAAAUCACAGUCGCAUAUGACGGUCCAUGUCGUGAACAAUGUUUGUGUCCAACGGAUGAUUAUAUUCCAGUUUGUGGCAGCGACUUCAUCACCUAUUUCAGUGAAUGUCAUUUGCAAUGCAAAAAUAAGGAGCGAAAAGAGGGUAGACGCCCUAUUUUUGUAGUACAAUACAACGAGUGCGAUGAUGAAUGCAAUUGCCCUCAAAAUUAUAGCCCCGUGGUGGGUGAGGAUGGAAAAACAUACAGCAAUCAAUGUGCGCUUAAUUGUGAACUUCGAAGUAGAAAGAAAGCUUCCACUCCCGUGAAGUGUAUUUGUUCUGACACGCAUAAACCAAUAUGUGGAAGCGAUGGAGUAACUUAUGGAAAUCUGUGCAAAUUUGGGUGUCAAAACAGAGAAUUGCAGAGGAAGGGCCAAGAGCCUAUAACAAAAUAUGGCAACAAGUGUGAACUUGACUGUGAAAAUAACAAAAAUAAAACCAAAGAAAUCUUAGUGGCUUAUGAUGGUCCAUGCUACGAACAAUGUAAUGCUACGAAAAAAGUAAAUGAUGGUAAAUGUGAAGAACUUUGUGUAUGUUCUUCCGAUUAUCAACCAGUUUGUGGAUCAAAUAAUUUAACCUAUGGCAACAAGUGUGAACUUGACUGUGAAAAUAACAAAAAUAAAGCAAAAGAAAUCUUAGUGGCUUAUGAUGGUCCAUGCUACGAACAAUGUUCUUGUACAGAUGACUAUAUACCAGUAUGUGGAAAUGAUGGAAAAACCUAUGACAAUGAAUGCAUAUUUGAUUGUAAAAACAAAGAGCUGCAACAAAACGGUAAGGAUCCAAUAGAAAAAAAUAGUGAAGGUGAAUGUUCUAUGUUAUGCGUUUGUACGGAUGACUAUGCCCCAAUAUGCGGUAACGAUGUAGAAACAUAUGCAAACCAAUGUGCACUAGACUGUAAGAAUAAAGAACUGAAACGUAAGGGCCAAAAACCAGUAAACAAAGUUAGUGAAGGUGUUUGUCUGGGAGAUUGUGUGUGUCCAUUGAAUUAUGAUCCAAUUUGUGGAGAAGACGGAAAAACUUAUGGUAACCAGUGCGCGCUUGAUUGCAAAAAUGAACAACUACGAAAAUACAAUACCGUUAUUAUAAGUAAAGCUUAUGACGGUGAGUGCUCUGAGCCUUGUGUCUGUCCGCUCGACUCCACGCCCAUUUGUGGAGACGAUGGUACCACUUAUGGAAACCAAUGUGCUUUAGAUUGCAAAAACAAAAACCUUAAAAAUAGUUUGGUUCCAAUAAAGAAAGUAACGGAUGGUAGUUGCCCAGAGACAUGUGCUUGUCCGUUUAAUUAUGAUCCCAUAUGUGGUAGCGACGGAAAAACUUAUAGCAAUGAAUGUGACCUUGAUUGUAACAAUAAAGAAAAUAAAAAGAACAAUAUACCAAUAGUUGAUAAAAUGUACGAUGGUGAAUGUACUCUACCUUGUGUUUGUACUGAAGACUACACACCAGUUUGUGGUGAGGAUGGAAACACUUAUAGCAACGAGUGUGUUUUAGAUUGUAAGAAUAAAGAACUGAAACUUAAGGGCAAAGAAUCAGUGAAUAAAGCCAGUAAAGGUGAAUGUCCUGGAAACUGUGUGUGUCCGUUUAACUAUGAUCCGAUUUGCGGAGAAGAUGGAAAAACUUAUAGUAACCAGUGCGCGCUGGACUGCAGAAAUGAACUACUUAUAAAAAAUGAUACAGAAAUCAUAAAUAAAGCUUAUGACGGUGAAUGCUCCGAGCCAUGCGUGUGUCCACUCGACUACUCACCCAUUUGCGGAGACGAUGGAAACACUUAUGGCAACCAAUGUGCUUUGGAUUGUAAAAACAAGGGUUUUAAGCGUAGAGGUCAACAACUAAUCAAGAUCAUAAGUGAUGGUGAAUGUUCAAAUGGUUGUGUCUGUCCGGCUGUAGUUCAACAAGUAUGUGGAAGUGAUGGACAAACAUAUUCCAACGAAUGCAAAUUAUCUUGUGAAAGUCAAAAUCUGGUACGAAUUGGGUUGUCCCCAGUAACAGUGGUAGAUAAAAAUGCAUGCGCUAAUUCAUGCAACUGCUAUACAUCGGUCAUUCCAGUGUGCGGCUCUGACAACAAAUCCUAUAAAAAUCCUUGUAUUCUAGAAUGUGCAAGUCGCGCGAAACAAAUCUCCAUCACAGUUCAAUAUAGCGGGGCGUGUAGCGAAUGUGACUGUCCAAGUAAUGAUUAUGAACCUGUAUGUGGCAGCGAUGGAAAUACCUACGAUAGUGAAUGCAAGUUCAAUUGCGAAAAGGACAGACUGCUAAAACUAAGGACGAAUCUCACUAUAGUGAAUAAGGGACAUUGCGGUGGAUGCAUUUGCCCUAAGAUAUAUGAACCAAUAUGCGCCAAUGAUGGAAACACAUAUGGGAACGAAUGUGUAUUUAAUUGUGAAAAUAGAAUCCGUAAGAAAGACAACAGAUCUCCUCUGGAAAUCAUUAAUUGGGGACAAUGUGGUUUCUUCAACUACUACAACUGCACAGCUUGUCCGUUGCUAUAUCGGCCUGUGUGUGGUGAUGAUGGCAACACCUACUGGAACGUGUGCUACUUACUCUGCAGUAGCAUGUCCAAUGUUAUUAAAGAACUUCCUGCGAUUCAACUGUGCAAAAAUGGCCCUUGUUAGAUCGACACUUAACUUGUCACUUUAAUUUAAUUGGUUUCAAAUUAUCAUGCAUUUCGGUCGAUGUUGUUAAGUUUACCAGUAAUUAAUGUGUAAUGACUAUAUUUUGAUCACGAUUCGUGUAAAAUAGAAUGCAUGUCUGUUGUUUUUGCACGAAAAUUGUAACCUUCAGAUCGCAAUUUCUAAUCAUUGUUUCUAAUACUUGUUUGACUUUUAAUAUAAAC